AUGUCGCUGCUCAAAGACUUCAUGGAUCCCACGCACCACCGCUUUCGUCGGCGGACCAGGGGCCCAGAGCACCUGGACUACGAGAAUGCAGAAGCAACGGUGGAGCCACAAAGGCAGCUGGCAGCCUUGGUACGUGAUGCAACGAUGAAGAUCGCGGAGCAUAUGGGCGAGGUCGCUCAAGCCCAUUCCGCGCUGAUGCAAGGGCUUCAAAGAUAUUUCGGUCUGGAUGUCAGUGGCGUGGACACCUCUGCGAUGGCCCUAGUGCAGGAAUGUGCAAGCGUCACAGAGUCCUUCGAGCAGAGCCUGAAGAAGGCCGGAUUUGCGCAGGUCAUGGGAAGCUGUGAUGAGAUCCUGAAAGAGUGCAGUUCGGUGGCCGGCCUGCUGAACGAACGAGAUGACGCGCUCUCCGAGAGGCAGCACUACGAAGAGAAGGUCGCAAGCCUGCGCAGCGCCUCCAAGGGCGUGGUCACCGAGCAGAUCGCCCGAAACAACGAGAAGCUAGAGCGUGCCAAGGAAUCUCACCAUCAGAAAGAGGAUAAGCUCACCGCGGCACUGCAGUCUUUCAUCUAUCGAAGGCCCGUGCAGUUUCGGCAGACGCUUUUGGCACUCUUCCGGCAACACGUCGGUGUGUUGGCGGAGGUGGGCGCGAAGGCAGAGGAGGCCAUGAAGGCUGUAGCGGCAGAGUUGCAGGUGGGACAAAAGGCGCGCAUCGUCGGUCUCCAGAAGGCUGUGGAGCUGAACGAGCUUCUGGUCACCGUCGAGGGUGAGGAGGGUGCCGGUCGCCUCUUUGUGCAGCUCCCCGACGGGCGGCAGAAGUCCGUCCGCGUGGAAAACCUUUGUCCCCAGCUACCAGAGCCACAGGCGCCCAGCUCAAGCUCCAAACGCACAGACAAGGAGGGGCCUGCUGGGCCGGCAGAAUCUGGGGAGGAGUCAGCUCUUCCACAGAAGCUUAGAUUAGAGCCUGCCCGCAUCCCUUGCAGCGGGGCAGAAGUGGUCAUCGAGGCGCGAGAUCUUGCGGGAACAAUCAGCGAGGUCUGGGUGGAUGGAACUAGCUGCGAAGUGCUGGAAGAUUUGUCCAAGCGUGACUCGCCCGCAGUUCGCGUGCGGGUGCCCGCCUGCAGAAACCGCGCAGGGGGCGCUGCGCUGGUGGAAGUGCGAUCGGUUGAUUGGGCGCGCCACAUGAUCCGCGAAGAGGCAGCCAACUACUUUCCACUUCUGACAUUCGCCACGUGCAGCCCCAACAUUGAGCUGACGGCCAGACAGGGCGACAGCGAGACGCCUUACCUGGAUGUGGCCACGCGGCAGAAAGGGCUCAUCAGCGCAGUAGCCUUGACCAGCGAGCUUUCGCCUGUACAGGGUCGGCAGCGUUACUUCUUCCAGGUGAAGAUCGAAGUGAUGGCCGAGAAGCGCUCGAACCGGACCUUGGCACUGGGCUUUGUGUGGCCUCUUCCGCAUGCGUUGCUCUUAGAGGGCGACGAGGCCCCACAGCUUAAGCGCCGAGCAUCCCUCUGGACAUCCGAUGGCCACAUGCCUGAGCUCGCUCACCAGCUACCCAGAUCUUUUGUGGUGGGUGGAGAUCCGCCCAAGGCAUACAUGGGGGGCCGGGAGCUGGCUAAGAUCGCCUGGCGCCCUCUUCUGGAGUGCAUCGUCGGCGCAGAGCUGGGUGUGGUCUUGGACGUGGGGCCAAGCAGCCUUACCCUCUCCAUAUUCGAGGAGGGCGAGGAGAAGUGCGUGGUGGAGGGUCCAUUGAGUGAAGAGUGGAGAUGGCCCAGCCUGGGUGCGCCCAACGGUGUCCUGGACGUUUGCGGGACGGUGACCAGCGUUUCGCUUUCUCAGGGCGCACAGCCUCCCGACUUGCCCUUGUCGCUCACUGCUGAGGAUGCUGCUCGGGAAGGGGGCGACGAGAAAAGGCUCAGCAACCCCUUGCCCAUGAGCAAGCCCAGCCGGACUUUUGCCGAAAUAGUCAGGCGUCCUGAUUUGGACCGUUGGGCUGUGUGCUCUGGCAUCGUGGUAGUCGAGCCAGGAAAGAUCCGGAGUGGCAUCCUUGGGCCAGGUUCACUGCUCCUAGUUGGAUUGGCCUUCACAGAUUGCAUGACCACAAAGGUGGUGACCCAAACCCUUCAUGAUUGGAGCUUCAACACCUUCCUGCGUGGCCAGGACGUCUGUAAGCAGCCCUAUGUGGUGGAGUCGCCUGCAAGCUUCCUCAGCUUCGUCCGCUAUGCCGACCACUCGCAGGCCCAGAUGUGCAUCCUCCGCAAGGGUCUCCAGAAGCUGGCUCUCGAGACCUCCCUUCCCCAAGCGUUGCGGGAGGCGUGCACGCAACACCGAACCGCAGUGGAGGCCGUCCUGGCCUUCCAGGAUGCAUCGGACUUUGAAUUGGACGGCGAUGUCUUCACCUGGCCAGGGACAUCUGGAGGAUAUUCCUGCAAGCGCACCGAGAUCAAGGGAGGUAGCAUGUGUCAGCGUCUGAUUCGCGCACAAGCUGCUGAAACCGACGAUGGGCUGAUCUAUGUCGCAGAGCUGAGCUGUGCCAAGAAAACUGCCCACCACCUCACCGGCGAGCGCUGCAGAACACUUACCAGCAAGGAUGUCCGAGACUGCGCUGACGUGUCCUUCCAUCCUGGUACAGAUGUGGUGGAGUUGCCCAUGUGGGACCGCGGACACUCGUUCGUGGGUGCUCCGGGGGUCGGGAGCUGCCUCCAUGUGGAUCAGGCUUGGUGGAGCAAUGUCGCCAAGAACUUCACAGGACUGAAGCUCGUGGCGCUUUGGGGUCCGGAUCACGCUGCAGAGAUCGUGCAGCGGCACGAAGGGGAGCUCUUCCGCAGGCCUUUGUCGCCAGAGCAGACGCAAGCUCUAUCAAAGGCGGCCGUCAUCGCCUUGCUGCAGCCUGGAGAUGUUGCGAGUUUCAGUGGUGGCCUGCCACACGCCACAGUCGUGGUGGGCACAGAGCUGAACCUCACAGCGUAUGAGAGCCUCGUCAACUGGCAUCCUGCCAAUGCAGGCCUCCUGCUGCGCGGCUUGGAACGACGAGGCAAGGGCGUCAUGACCAGAAAAGCGAAGGAGGGCCUCCUGGAGGACAUCGUCGAGGUCGUCAAACGACACGCAUCGGUGAAGGCUCCAGACCUUUGGAACGAAGACGAAGGCCAUUUCUUGCUGCUGCAGCUGGGGUCCUCCAAUGACGACAAGGGCAAUGUGGAUGGGGAGGUACGGCAGCGAGCUGUGAAGACCGCAUCCCUAUGGAGGGCCCUUGCUGCUGCUGGCCAGCAUGUGUCCGUCCUCGUCUCGGGCGGAGCCGACCCAAAUCGCUUCUUCAACCGAACCUCCACCUCACACUGGAGAUAUGUGAAGCAAGCUUUGCUGGAUUGCGGGCUUUCGGCAGAGCACAUCAUCGACCCUGGUCUCGAGGCUCUCCACACUGUGGACGAGGCCCUCAUGGCCGUGGAAUACGUCCGGGAACACGGUGCCAGGAGGCUUUGGGUCGUCACCAGCGACUUCCACGCAGCCCGUGCCCGGCACCUUUUCCACGUGGCCUUCGCGUCUGCUGGGCUUUCUGUGGACCUCUUGGUCCUCGGCGUGCCGGAUGCUUGCGAGGGCGAGGUGCUCCAAGCCUACGUGGCCAAGGAGGUCAAGGCUUUGGAGGGCCUCCGUUCUGCUCCCUAUGGUGCCUGGGCCACCUAUCUGGGCGGGGCAGCCGAGCCCGCAGCGGCAGCGGCGCUGAAUGCAGAUCCUCGUGUCCACGAGCCGUUCUUUCUUACGCCGGAAGCUGCAGGAAGCCUUCGCGGUGCCUUCCGUGCCGUGCUCAAGGGCUCGCGCCGUUGCCGCCGCUUCCUGGCGCAGGACGGAGACAGCGUGGAGUCUUCGGACAGUGGAACGAGGAGCGACCGAUCUGCGAAGGCCAGAGAAGCGAAGAAGCCUCGGCUGAGCCACGCUGCGACCUGA